GUUGGGGAGGGGGAUAAAGGCAUCUCCAGCCAAGACCUCUGGGAUGAGUUAAGGCAGUUAUUCCUGUCUGCUCUCCACCCCCACUCAUCACAGCUGGAUAAGCUGAGGCACUGGAUGAGACAGUGACUAAAGCGCUUAAGGACUUAGUUCCAGUCCCCCCUCCCCGCCCCCACUCCGCACCCCUCAUUCAAGCUGAUGUGAAAGAUCCCUGAGGGAAUGCCUGGUCCUCAGCCUUGACGCAAGUACUUCAAGCAGUACUUCACGUCCCAGCAUUUCCCCACCAAGCUCCUUUCUUUCCUUCCUGCUUCCUGCCCUGGAAAUCAAAGGAGAUGCCCCCAAAGCCUGACCAUGAGGUCAUUUGGACACAGGAAAUUCGGGAAGAGGUCAGUUGCUCAGACUCCGGCACACAGCACAUUUCAGGUCUACCAUCGUCCUUAUCUUUUCUCAGAUCCAAAGGAACAAGGAAAACAGGGAGAGGGUGCCAAAGGGUCCAAGUGGAAGGGGAACCUCCUGAAGCAAGUGUUUGGCUGCCUUCUCCCGGGCUCAGAUGGAGUUGCACGUGCCCCCGGGCCUCAACAAAUUGGAGGCGGUAGAGGGAGAAGAAGUGGUGCUCCCCGCUUGGUACACGAUGGCACGGGAGGAGUCGUCGUCCCACCCCUGGGAGGUGCCCGUCCUGAUUUGGUUCUUGGAACAAGAAGGGAAGGAACCAAACCAGGUGUUGUCUUACAUUAAUGGGGCCUUGACAAAUAAACCUGGAGUAGCCCUGGUCCACUCUAUCUCUUCACGGAAUGUGUCCCUGCACCUGGAGGCGCUCCAGGAGGGAGACUCUGGGACCUACCGAUGUUCUGUCAAUGUGCUAAAUGAUGAAGGCAAAAGUAUGGGCCACAGCAUCAAAAGCAUAGAGCUCAAAGUGCUGGUUCCUCCAGCUCCUCCAUCCUGUAGUUUACAGGGUGUACCCUAUGUCGGGACCAAUGUGACCCUGAACUGCAAGUCCCCAAGGAGUAAACCUACUGCUCAGUACCAGUGGGAGAGGCUGGCCCCAUCUUCCCAGGUCUUCUUUGGACCAGCCUUAGAUGCAGUCCGUGGAUCUUUAAAGCUCACCAACCUUUCCACUGCCAUGUCUGGAGUCUAUGUCUGCAAGGCCCAAAACAGAGUGGGCAUUGCCCGGUGCAAUGUGACCUUGGACGUGAUGACAGGGUCCAAGGCUGCAGUGGUUGCUGGAGCAGUUGUGGGCACUUUUGUUGGGUUGGUGCUGAUAGCUGGGCUGGUCCUGUUGUACCAACGCCGGAGCAAGACCCUGGAAGAGCUGGCCAAUGAUAUCAAGGAAGAUGCCAUUGCUCCCCGGACCUUGCCUUGGACCAAAGGCUCAGACACAAUCUCCAAGAAUGGGACCCUUUCUUCGGUCACCUCAGCGCGAGCUCUGCGGCCACCCAAGGCUGCUCCUCCAAGACCCGGCGCAUUUACUCCCACACCCAGUGUCUCUAGCCAGGCCCUGUCCUCACCAAGACUGCCCAGGACAGAUGAACCCCCACCUCAGGCAGUGUCCCUGACCCCAGGUGGGGUUUCUUCUUCUGCUCUGAGCCGCAUGGGUGCUGUGCCUGUGAUGGUGCCUGCACAGAGUCAGGCUGGGUCUCUUGUGUGAUAACCCAGGCACUCGUUAGCUACAUCUGGUAUCUGACCUUCCUGUAAAGGUCUCCUGUGGCACAGAGGACUCAAUCUUGGGAGGAUGCCCACAUUCUAGACCUCCAGUCUUUUGCUCCUACCUCCUUCUAUUGUUGGAAUACCGGGCCUCAGUAAGACUAAAAUCUGGGUCAAAGGACAAAAGGAGGAAAUGGACCUGAGGUGGGGGGUUGGGAGUGAGGAGGCUUCACUUCCUCCCUGCUUCUCUCCCUGAAGCCAGAUGAACGCUGCGGAGAUCGGCUACCCUCCAAGGGCUCUGGAGGAGAUUGCCAGUCGGUGAUGCCCCUGGCUCUGUGAUCUGUACAACACCCUUAUCUAACGCUGUCCUUUGCCAUUCGCUCCAUCUCCCUGUAUUAAUAUAACCUGUCCUGCUGGCUUGCCUGGGUUUUGUUGGAGCAGGGGGAUAGGAAAGACAUGUUAAAACCUGACUUGAAAUUGAUGAUUUUGUUUUUAUUUUGCAAAUUUCAAUAAAGAUGCAUUGCAUUUGCAUGGACAA